CUUAAACACAGGCUACUAUCAAUAGCCUAGUUCCGGUCCAAAGAUGGAGGCGGUGUCAACUCUUGUGCGAGUGUCUUUGCCAAAUUAUUUGAAGGGGUUACCAAUCCCCAAUUCAUUUUCUGGUUUUUCAAGAUUAUCGGCCACUGACUGGUUGUCUCUGGUGCCUUUUGUGGGAACAGUGUCACUGCUUGUUUACGUGACUGUGCAGGCCUUCAACCCAAACCUUCGAAAGCAAAAAAAUGCCAUAAAUCCUGAUAUCCAGAAGGAUUGUCCCAAAGUAGUGCACAUGGCUGAUAUAGAAGAUUUAGGAGAUAAAGUGUCCUAUUGCAGAUGUUGGCGAUCAAAGAAGUUUCCUUUAUGUGAUGGAACACAUAACAAGCAUAAUACUGAAACUGGAGACAAUGUAGGACCAGUUGUUUUGAAGAGAAGAGGAAAAUAAUAGAAACUUUAUGUGUAUCUAGUGCUAUUUCCAAGUACCGUAUGUAUAAGGUUAGUUCAUUAGUGCUGUUGUAGUGCAGAGAUUUGGGCACAAGAGUAACGUUAUGAAAAAAAGUAGAAUUUAUAACCUGCCCAUGGAACAUUGAAUCUUCUGAAAACUUAAAGGAUUAACAUUUACAUAAAACCAGUUUAAAUUUUGUGAUUUUUUUGGCCAAAAUCUAUUAGGUGCUAAAUACAGUGGACCUUCCCAUUCUGUUUUGAUGUACCCUAAUUCUUCUAAGUUUUGGGACAGAUAUUAGCAGUGGUGAAAGUAGAAUAUUACAUGUCUUUACCAGCUUUUUGGAAAAUUAAAGAUAUGAGUAUGUUAUUCAUUAGAUGGUCUAACCAUGUGAGAAAAAGAAACUCAGUAUUCCUGCUAUAAUUACAUGCAUAUUGGCUAAAAAGAGCAGACCAGGUGUUCCAAAUUUUAGAACAAUUAGGGUAUAUGCUGUGAUUAAUUAUUUUUGGUUUUCAAAGGACAGGUUGGUUUUUAAAGCAGAAGUAUGAUUUACCAAGUAAAUAACUAUGAUAGAGUAGAGAAUUACAUAUUUUGGGGGAAAAGACAUGAUAUAAAAAUCCAAGGUGUUGUCUUGAUAGCUUUUGAUAUUUGGCAUGUCUGAAGAAGUUAAAAAACCUUGUAUGGAAAAGAAAACUUGAAGUCCCAGGAGGGAGAAAGUGAGAGAGAAAUACAGUAUGUUCAGACUGAAUCCAGAAUAUUGUAUUUUCUCAUCUAUAUAGCCUUGAUAAAUUUCGUGUCAUUGAUGAUUUUUAAGUUUUUCAUUGAAAUCCAGUGGGAGGGAUUCCAUAAUUCCAUCAGUGUAUAUAUUUGUGCUUAGUUUACAUUGUAGCUAGCUCCAACUGCAGUAUUAUAGGAUAUGACAACAUGGGACUUGGUUCAUUUAUUAAGACAGUUGCAGAUUUUCUUCAGUUAGAAUCUAGAUGUGGAAAUAUGCAGCUAGUGUUGCAAUAUCAAAACCGAGUUUAUAUCUUUGAUUUUCUUAUGGGUACAUGUGUUUUUGAGAAACUAUUUGUUACUGGUGGGAUAUACAUGUGCCUUAACAGGAAAAUGGCUGCAAUAAAAAAAAUACCCGGAAACUAAAUUUGCUAUUGAAUUGUCAAAUUACCCAACAAAUUAAUAUCAUCAGGAAAAAGUAUGUAAGCAAUCUCAUAACUUUUCUUUGUCCAUAACCAUUAUGUAUGAUUCAAUUUUAACAUAAGUAUUUUUUUAUUUUAAAUUAGCAUAUAUUUAUAUCAAAUAUACUUGAUUUCAAUUUACCAAAGAAAGGAGAAAAAAAUUGUUUGCAAAUUUUAAAGCUACUGAUUACCUCUAUUUGAAGUAUUACACUUCUGUCCUGACCACCUUGUGUUGUUGAACAGCUGAACUGCCCUGCUUUUAUUACAUAUUAAAGUUUAUGGGGAGGGUAAGGGCUUUAUUUUUGAAUAUUAAUGUUAAAUGCUUUUAAGAUGCAUAAUUUCUUUAGAACGAACAGAUAUAUAUGGUAUCUGAGGAAGUAUUAUUUGCUUCUGAUAUCCUAAAUAGUAAUUAAACCAAUACUCGUCGCUAGCCCUGAGAGGCUCAGCAAUAAGAAGUCUAAGGCAUCGUGAAGGGACACAACUCUGCUGUCCCGAUGUUACAUGUAGAAUGUACUUGGGAAUGGCGAAUUGUUAAAUGUAACUUUGUGAUAUACAUGUUGCUUAGUGGUAUUUUGUGAUUAUUUUGAGUAUAAGAUCAGUACAGAACCUUCAGUGUACAUCUGAUAAUUGACUUUUGCGUGUAAUUUUCCAGGGUGAAAGGACGAUGGUGAUAGUAGUGUUAGUUUCUCACCAGCCUGUCUGUUUACCAGUAGUAUGUGUAUCUUACUGGUUUUACUUCAGAUCAUGAGGUCAUAAUACCGUUUCUGUAUCCAUUAAGUUGGAUUUCGUUGAGGAUCUUUAAAGUGGCAGUUGAUGAGGAUAAUUACCAAGCCACCCUUUCUCGGUUAGCUGUACUUUGUGUUAUCAGUACUGCAGUAUUUUGGAUCUGGAAAUACUUUUGUAUGUUUUAUACGGAGAUGAACAUUGUUAUUGGUGAUGGUUGCCAAAGUGUGAAAUUAUAAAUUUGUAUAACAGGAAAUAUAUCAAUUCACCUCUGUCUGCAUAUCAACCAUUUGAGAGUUCUGAGCAGAUCAGAUACCGUUGUGAUUGGUUUUGUUGAUCAAAGAAAUAAAGAGAUGUUAAUGCAAGAUGAA